AUCAUGAAGGACAAGCAGCGGCUCAAGAGGUUCGCCUACCAGUACAUCAUCAUCGACGAGGGGCACCGCAUGAAGAACGCCGCCUCCAAGCUCUCCGCCACGCUCAUGCAGUACGAGAGCGCGCACCGCGUCCUCCUCACCGGCACGCCCCUCCAAAACAACCUGCACGAGCUCUGGGCGCUGCUCAACUUUUUGCUGCCCAAGAUCUUCGCCUCGGCCGACUCGUUCGAGACGUGGUUCUCGGCGCCGCUCGCCGAGCGCGCGGGCGGCGCGUCGGCGCAGGAGGAGAUGGCGAUGAACGAGGAGGAGUCACUGCUCGUGAUCAACCGGCUGCACCAGGUGCUGCGCCCCUUUCUGCUGCGGCGGCUCAAGUCGGACGUCGAGGCGCAGCUGCCGGACAAGGCGGAGUACGUGGUCAAGUGCGAGCUGUCGCCGAUGCAGAAGCUCAUGUACCGCCAGAUCCAGGACCAGGGCCUCUGCUCGGUCGGCGCGGCCGGGCAGCUCAAGGUGUCCGGACUCAACAACGUCUGCAACCACCCAUACCUCUUCUUCUCCCCCGAGCAGCUCGACCAGCUCGGCGACGACGCGAACCUGCUCUGGCGCAGCUCGGGCAAGUUCGAGCUCCUCGACCGCAUCCUGCCAAAGCUGCAGGCGCUCGGCCACCGCGGGAGGGACGUGCAGCUGAUGGACCUGCUCGAGCUCUACUUCAACCUGCGCCACUACAAGCACCUCCGCCUCGACGGCGCCGCGACG